UGCAUGUGUUUUCUUAGUACUGCCUGUUUUAUGUUGUUAAAUUUUGUACUCACAAUGUUGCAAAAGUCUUUGCAGCACUGCAACACAUUCUUAAUUCAUUUUCUUUAUAAGUAACUGCAUCGUUCUCUCUGUGAUAAUUCCAUUUUAACACUUUGUAAUGUGAGACUUUUCUUUUGUUAAUAUUUGGUCAGUGUCAACUUCCUGAUGAGCCCAGGCAGCCCUAAGAGCCUCUGUUAACUGUUUGUUGAUAAUAGAGCAGCAGAAUCUGCAGCAGAGGCAGAGGUGUAGUGCACUAUGACUUAAACAUCAAUCCAAUUAGGAAUCAGAAAAAGAGUGAAUCAAUAAUAACAGCUCAGAACAGCUCAGUUAUUAAUGCAUCAGACACAGACAAUAAUCUGCUAUCUGCUAUAGAGAGAGAGAGAGAGAGAGAGAGAGAGAGAGAGAGUACAACAGCACUGGGACUUUUAACUACAUGUAUCACUCCGCUUCACAGGUGUUAUGUUAACCAUUAAUCAGCUUAACAUUAAUGGCCGUUAUUGCCAGUCCAGUUGCGGAACUAUUUGUGCAAAUCAAAUCAAACAAAUCAUAAUCUGUUGUUUCUUAUUCAACUAAUAUGGCGCUCGUAGAACUGUUGCAUAAAAGCAAUAUCACACGAGAGGGAGUGAUGUUGUACUGAAUAUCAGCAGAGCUGUGAAUCGGUCAUAGAUAUGAGGCUGCACCUUGUCAUUAUAAAUCUUUCCCCCUGUUGCAUUAACCUUAUCUUAACCUGACUUCUAUACGUCCCUCCAAUAUUUAAAAACUGGGUGUGUAGCACGGUAAGUCGUUUUGGCAGCAAAUUCCCAGCAUAGUGGCUCUAUCACUGUCACUGUGUUGACUUGUGAAUCAGUCUGUUCUGUUGGUCAGAACUCACAGUCAAAUCACUUGCAAACUGAAUGACAGUAUGAAAAAGCUGAAGUCAAACAUUUAUGGAGAAAUUCUACAUGACCGCCCUGAGGCAAGAAAGAUGACUGUGCAAGUUUGAUCUUCGUGGACUCAAGGCACUUCCCAAAUACUCAGCUCAGCUUUAGGUAAGGUUACUUCAGCUGCUUUCACCUCAAACACAGAAUGAGACAGUUGAGUUUUCUGUCGGAAGCAUUAACUGGAAAAAGGGUUCAAAAAGGGAAGAAAAACCUGGUUACUAUGGGAAACUGUCUCCAUGCAGACACAGGAAAUGUUGAAACAGGGUAUGAGCAAUACAAAAAAGUGUUUUUUCAUUUUUGUCACUGUGAGUUUAUGUUUGUAUUUUUUUUCAUACAGUUUAAGAUGUAGAAACAUGGCUGAGCUUAAAAUCACUGAACCAAAAGCACUGGUUUUAGACUAGAACUGCAACAAUUAAUUGAUUAAUCAGCUAUUCAUUUGAUAGUAAUUUUUUUUGACUAUUUAUAAAAUAUGAUAUAUAAUCGACAUAUUCAGGAAAGAUCUCGCAGUUUCAGAUCUCAGAUUUCAAAGGUUGAUCACAUUAACUAUCAUAUAAUAAUUGUAAUUAUUAAUAAAUAAAUGAUAAAUAUUAAAUUUGUAUUAUAUAACAAUGGUAUAAAAAUGUCAUAGUAUAUUAACAGAAAAAACAUCAUCGUAUAUUAAGGUAUAAACCAUAUUAUGGUAUGAAGAUGUCAGAAAAAUUUCAUAGUAUAGUAAGGUAUAAAAUCAUCAUAGUAUAUUAAGGCAUAAAAAAUUAUAGUAUAGUAAAGUAUAUAAAUGUCAUAAGUUAGAGCAACAUGUCUGAUUUGAAUAUGGUUUGAUUUCCCAUCAUCCACUGUCACUGUAUAGAUGUCAUACUCCAACAGAGGUCCUUCAGUUUAACUGGAAGGUGACACACAGCUAACAAGUCACCAUAGAUUCCUUUGUUUUGGACUCUCCAGCACUCUGUCCACGCCGUUGUCAGCCCUGCCAGAAUGAUUUGUUCUGACCAGCUCCUUAAGAUAUUUCACAGUGAGUCAACCAGCAUCGACAGAGUCUUCGUAAUGGUCCGCAGUCGACAGUGCACUUCUGGUUAAAAACACAUGAACCAUGAACAUCUCCAUCCUCUCCAUCCUGCUCGGUCUGGGAUGGAAAUGUCUGCUCAACUGGGCGCUGGUGUUUCUCCAGAGGAGCCACAUCUGCAGAAGCUUUUUGGGGGUUUUCAGCGUGUCCCUGGCGGUCGUAGACACGGCCCUGACCCUCAUUUUCACCAUCAUUCACAUCCACAGUGAUGGACACCUCGUCCUCUUGGACAUGCAGCUGACCAGAUAUCACAUGUGUUUUCUGGUUCAAAUCCUCGGACACGUGUACAGCGCUCUGCAGUGGCCCGUUGUUGUCAUGGCUAGUUUGGAGCAUUUCUACACCAUUUCUCUGCAACCUGCCGCCUCCUGGACAAAAUGGAUGGUCUGCUCACUUGUAACCAUCCUGCUGUGGAACCUGUGCACUCUCUAUAUCUUCCUGUGGUCUGACUUCAUUCCUGUCUUGGAGGACGUGUCUCACCAGCAGAUGCACCAGUGCUGGGUCUCCCAUGCCACUGAGAUCCCGCAGGUUGUCUCGCUGCUCUUCUUGACUCUGGGCUGUGCAGCGUUGCAUGCUGUUCGCAGCACACGUUUAUUGAAAAAUCAUCCUCUGAAGGACCAAAUCACUGACCAAAGUAGAAGUCACUCCAGGAGACGUUUUGUUUACCAAGUCCUGCGUAUAUUUCUGAACACUUGGGCCCUUUUGCUGAUUUUUCUGGCUGUGCUCCUCCUGCUACCUGUGGGAAUACCCUCAUACCUGGGUCUGAAUGUUGCCUGGCUCUGCUUCCUCAACAGCUUUCUGAUAGCAGUUGUUUUGUGUGUAGUCUGUCCCGCCUCACUGUUAGCGCAGGGCUUGGCAGCAGCUCCCCCUGACAGCUUCUGUGAGUGGAGGUUUAAAUUUAGCUUGGCUGCAGAGGAAACAUGACUGCACGAAGCAAAUCUAAUGUGGGAAACACGUAAGAAGAAAUCAAAUUAGAUGAUGAAACAUGAAUGUCUUGUAGUGAGAAAACAAUUUUAUUGUGAUGAUAGCAGUGUGGUUCUGUGGAUGGCUGUGUUGGUCGGUCAGUCCACAGCUUUGGCCCAGACUAAAAUAUCUCAACAACUAUUGGAUGGAUUGCCACGAAAUUCUCUAUAACACAUUCAUGAUUCUGAGAGAAUUAAUCCCUCUGGCUUUGCUGAUUCCUCAAUCUUUCCUCUAGCCAGGUCAAGGUUUUCACUUAUCUAAGGAAAUAUCUCUACAUUCAUGGUUUCCAGAUCAUGUAUCAAAAACUACUGAUGGGAUUAAUUGUAAUAAAUUUGGCGAUCCGUUAAGUUGGAUCCAUCAUCAGGUUUUUCAGUUUCAGAUUCAUUUUUGGCCAGAGAACAGGGCACACUCAAAAUGUACAAUUAUAACAGAAUGAUGAAUGUAGGCCUGAAGUAAACCAUAAAUUACUUUAACAAAGGUCAAAUGUUCAGCAAGAACGCAGACACUAGAGUGGGUAUUGAGAAUCCCAGGUCAUUUACCGCUGUCCUAGCAGUAUUUCUAAAAAUCACCAAAGACUCUUCAAAUCAUCUGGAUGACUGACUUUGUUUGAUGAAUGAUAAAAAAAAUUAUUAAAAGAGAUUUUUAAUUCCCCCCCCCAAAAAAAGGGGUGUGUCUUCACUUAUAAAGAUGAAACAGGAGAUAUUGUGCUGCCGUGGAUACCGUUAAGUUAUGCUGUGGGCAACAACUUGAACUUGUUAUUUACCUUAUAUAUUUUCUUUUAUAUUUUGGAAUAUUAAGUAUGCAGAAAUUGCCUUUAGCAGUUCCUGAUUGUUCUGUAUCAGUGGAUGUACAGAUUACUGUCAAUGGAUUACUUUGAUUCUGAAGACAACUUAAAAACCUGAUGAUUCUCAGGCAGGCUCUGCAGCUAUGAGCAGUGACUUUUUAAUGUUUUCUAAGCAGGUUUAUUUGCGUUGGACAUUGGAUAUAAUGACGUCCUGAGAAAGAAUAAGUCACACUGAAUGUAAAACUAAAUGUACCAUAAAUGUGUUCAGAUUUGACCGAGUGAUAACCCAGAAUUUUGACACACACAGCAGCAAUGUGGUGCAAUGAGUGUAUCUUUCACCUCACACUGCACCUUUUCUGCUCUCUACGCUCCAAGUAAACCUCCCUGUUACAGAGAUGGUGCCAGGUGUGCUGCUGGACUCAGUGUAAUGUUUACGCUGACAGGCUGCACAGUUAGGUGCAGCCUGCAGAAUGUUAAAUGUUAAAUGUGAAAUUAAAAGACAAUUUUUAUGCUCUGAUAUUGUGGAAUUGUAGAAAACCUAUAUGGAUAAAAACAAAAAAAUCAAUUUUUCAGUAGCGAUAGGAAAGACGAAGGGGACACAGAAGACGCAAAUUUAGAGCUGCAACUAACAAUUAUUACUAUUGAUCCUUAUUGAUUAAUCUGCUGAAAAACCUUGUUGGUCCAUAAAACUUCAGAAAAUAGCUAAAGACACCUGGAAAAGGUUCCCAGAUGACUUCUCUAAAAAUCUUGUUUAGUGCAGACAAUUUAAAAAUCCAUAAAUAUUCAGUGGACCCUUAUGUAAGAGACAGAAAUAUGGUAAAUCUUCACAUCCGAGAGGCUGGAACCAGAAACUCUUUUUACCCCUGCCCCUGUAGUGUGUGGGAUUUCAUAUCACACUGCUGCAAAAGUGUGAAUAAGGAAGUUCUAAGGACAAUAUUAGCAUGAGAAGCAGAUGAGAAAGGCAAAAGACAACACUGGUUUGACACUACAGAACUUUACUUGAAUUUGAUCCAAGUUCAUUGUCUAUACAGGGCAUAUUUACAAGAUCUGAAAUCAGGGAAGGGCAAAAACAGAAAAAAAACAAACACUAGAUACAACUGAGGUAUUAGCUAAAAGCAUUUACAGGUAUGUCAUUUACUAGUAAAUAUCAAUGAUGAUAAACAGUUAGAGAUGCAGUGUCUUCUGCUUAAAAAACAUCUUUUUAUAUCACAACAUGAGGUAGGAGAACAGUGUCUCGAUUCAUGCAAGAACAAAAGUCUCAUCACACUGUAGUAUUGGCAACGUAGUAUGCAAUGGUCAUACACAGACACUGCGUUUCAUUUUCCAGAACAGCAUCGAGGGGGAAGGAGGGUUCUUUUUAGCAAAGCCACAAAUAUUUUCUUUUCAUCUAUGACAGGAUGUGUAGAAAUUAAAACAUUAUAUUCUUAGUAACCAGCGAUCUGUGCGAUGCAGCCCAACUUCCGACUUCUCCCACACCGGCAUAGAAUAAUUACUGGCUGAAAAAUUAUACACCCAACUACAAAGCAGACCACCUGCAACAGUUCAAAAGUCACCUUGGAUUUGUUUACUGGUUUUCUUCAAGUAUGGGUCAGUAAAUCCUGUAUUCAAAUGUGUUCCUGUGGUAAAGCCCAGCUCCUUUCGCCUUGUUUUACUUGGUUGGGCAAACUGCACACCUGUAAAAAUUCUGUACAAAGCAUAUCCAAGUUCUCAUAACACUGCAAAAUGCAAAAAGGCCCAGCACGCCAUGUUACAAGGGAUUUUCUCUCCCCUAUCGUUUAGUCCUUUUUUCAUUAAGGUGAAUGCACAAUUAAAGAAGCUAAACAUCGCCCCCUUGUGUAUAAAAUGCAAAUUACACAAAGUAAAAUUACAGAUUUUCAUUAGGUCUAUCUGCUAAUGUGAUGAAUUAAAAUGAUUCUUUUUUGUUCUGCUGAAGAGGUAAUUAAGUCAAUAAAAACUAAUACUGAUCAUCUUUUGAGUGAUGUUAACACAUCCAGACGAGGAUAUAUAUGAUCUCAAAUCAGAAAACAUACAACUACACAUCCAGAGCUACAUGAGCAAGUUUUUCUCUUUCCCUUUUCAAAGCUGCUGUGCUUCAGUCAGACGUGGGAGGUCAACACACACACACUCUCUCUCUCUCUCUCUCUCUCACACACACAAAUUCACAUUAUUUCCAAAUCAAAUUGGGCUACAUUUUAUGUUUAUAAUCUGACUCUGACUUUAUAUUUAUCCUCUGAACCAAUAAUGACAUAAAACUUGCACAUGUUCAAUGUUCAUGCAUCUCAAUAGUUUGUGUUACAUGGGGGGAAACUUUUUUUUUCUUCACAAUAAACUGAUUGGUAGAGUGGCCCGGUGACACUAAACAUAAGGGGCAGCAAACAUGCAAAAAAAUCUUUUUUUUUUCCUUUUUUUCUUUUUGUUCCCAAAAUGCAUUUUCUUAAACAAAUGUUUUCAAUUUAGCUCAGGGGGAGGGGGGUUAACAAAGAGGAAAGCUCAUUACAUUACAAGUUAAACAGUUCGUCAGGAUGAAAUCCACAAAAAAAACAAAAAACGAAUGCAUCAGUUCAGAAAGGGGGAAAGUGUGUAACAAAGUAUUAUUUUCCUAUUUUGCCUUUGUCCUGCAUCAUGUCUCAGUAAACCAUGCAUUUCACUCCCCCACAUCCACUCGACAAAAGUCAAGUUCUGAUAUCUGCAAAGAUAACGUUUUUAAAAAAGAAAGCAAAAAAACAUUUAGGCCAUCUGAAGCCUUAGUUCUGGUCCAAUUUAUAUAACCUUUUGAAGAUUAUUCAUAUAAGAACAGUUAAUAUAUUAAUGACUACUGUAUUUACAAAGUGAAUAUAAAUCUUUAGUUAAUACGUUAAAUAUUUUCUUUCAUAAUUUCAAUAAAGGUUUAAAUGGAACAACGGUAGAGUGUACAUUUGCGGCAUGGGUUUGAUUUAACUGGCUUGCACCUGCACCUGCUUUUAUGACUAUCAACAAACCACAACUGUACCCUGCCCGGUCUUUAAGGUCUGUUAUUGUAAAGGGAAGCUGUGUAAGAAAAUCUGCAUUGAACAGGAUGGAGCACAGUGGAAUGUCUAUCAAUUUGCAUUUAGAGCAGAUGCAUAAAAAAAGCUCAGAGUUUAGCCGAGGCCGAUCCCCUACUCUUUUUAAACAAUUAUUUACACACAUACACUCGCUUACAGGGAUCUCCUUAGUGGCAAUAAAAAGCGUUUUGCCUGGCAACUGACACAAUAAAAGUCCUAUCUUCCUCUGGCUGGACGUCUGCUCGCUCUCCUGGGCAUCUACAAAACACUGCACACCCCCAGCUGAUCUGGCACUUGAGAUGGAUGGACGGGUAUGUGAGAGUGAGUGAGUGACGGCGGUUCUGUGGGAGAGGAGGGAGCUUGUGUUGAGAGCUGGGGGAUCCUGUACAGUCUCACCCCGAGGGCGGGCAGAGGCCCCCAGACAACAACAGCUGCCCCCAUUCUGACGGCACAAAACAAAAAAACGCUCCCUCUGUACCCCUGGCGUCCGGGCCACCCAGCCUGCCGCAGGGGAGAGUGCACCAGUCCCCUGAGCGCUCCCCUCAAUCCUCCCCUCUCUUCCUCUCCCCUGCCCGGUGCUGUUUGUUCAGCCAGGCAGAAUAACGUGAAGCAGGGCCCAAACCACCCUGGACUAACUGCUUUCACCUGCGACCCACAUCCUUUGACGACACUCUGACAAACAGGGUGGGGAUAAAACCGUUUGCUAACAAUGAAGUCGAACGAUACAAAAAGAAGAAGCCCAGAAAACAGGGACAGACUGGUGCUUUGAUCAUCUGCUGGGAACGCUGGGGCCAUUGUUCUGCCCAAAGCCCUGCACUGCACUGACACACUCGAGUGUGCGCGAGCAUGUAAGGAUGUCGUAUGUAUUAUGGUAACACAGCACAGCUACAGCACAUGCGAGACUCUGCCUUUCUUCUUUCUUAGAAAAGCUACACCGGCUCAACCAGCCCCCGUGUCCAGACACAUUCCUUUCCCAGGAGACUCUGGGGGAGGAGAGCACAUUAAGUGCAUAACACUGCUCGUGAGCUUCUUCAUGCCAAGCCUGAAAGAGCACAGUGUUUCCUGUCUAGCCCAAAGUGGGUGAAAACCACAGUGUUAAAGAGUUUCCCAGCAGAGGGCAAUGGCGCUAGCGUACAGUGAUGGAAGGUGUGAGGUCUCCAGUGGGGUGGGGGGGAGUGUGUGUGUGUCUGCGUGUGUGUGUGUGUGCGUGUGUGUGUGUGUGUGUGUGUGUGUGUGCGUGUGUGUGUGUGUCUGUGGGGGAGUAGAGGAGACAGUGGGCAGCUGGUGGAUCAACCGACAGAUCGUUUGGUCUACAACAGGAGAGUCCAGGUGCAGCCCGGCAGAAUGAAGAGGAAGCUAGUCUGUGUUUGGAGCAGCUGGGGUCCAGGCCAGACAGUUUGCUAGUUAGCUACCUUGAGAGGUCACACUCAAAAAACCCAUUUCAAGUUCAGCGUCACUAUUGGCAUAUUUUCAUGAGGUUUCACGACAUCGGCUAAAUGUCUUUUUUUUGUACAGUAAAGGUUUUUCUCCUCCAUAUAGACUUGAUGUUUUAACACAUUAUACUUUUCUUUCUCAGUAUUUUAUAAGGAGCGAAAAAAAAAAAAAACUGUUUUCAAAUGUCCAUGCAGUUUCCUGCAUUCGCUGGUACUUGAGCAUCUGGUCUGUAGAUACAGAAAGACAGAGAGGAGGCACACAACCAGGCGCCAUUAUGUGUCCGUGGGCACCGGCUGCUGUGCCAGGUAGUAGCAUGAAGUGACGUCCGUGAGGAGCUGAGACAAGCGUCUGUGUGUCUGAGCUAAAGUCUGAAAUCUCAAAGUCACUGGCUCCAGGAUCCAGAGAUAGCGAGAUAGCGGGAUGUGAGAGGAGGGUGACAAUCGUGAAGAGGAAAAAAAAAAAAAAAAAAAAUAGUGAUAGGUUGAGUUGGUCUCGAUUCGACCAAACUCCUGUCUGUGAAGCAGCUGUUGUUCAGUAAAAA